AUUUUUCAAAGCACUUUUAGGCUCACAGCGAAAUCGAGGGGCAGGUAGAGACUCCCCAUCGGCCCCCACCCACGCACAGCGGUCGCCGUUACCAACGUCCCCACAGAGGGUGCAUGGGUCACAACGGACACGCCACCGUCACCCAGGAGCCCCCCUUACAUUAGGGUCCCUCCGUGCUGUGCAUUCAGCGGUUUGCACAGAGGUGCCCUGACUGCGCUCCGCCUGCCCCGCGAGCCCUGAGUCGCUGCGUGUUGGGGGUCCCGGUGGUAGCAAUUUCUCUCGCCCCCUGGGGCGUGGUAGAGGCGGGGCUGCGUGCGGACCUGUGGGGCGGGGUCUGGGCGUGCCCGGUGAGGUGUGAUGGCGUCUCCAAGUUGGGGAGCUCGCUUGGGUGACGGUUCCAUGGGCGCUAGGGGCGCACGGGCGGCCCUGUGGGGCGUCGCGCUGCUCUGCGCGCUUGGCCUGGGCCAGUGUACCCCCGGAGUCCCGAGAUGCGACCCCGGGCGCCGUCUGAAGGGCACCGGGACGAACGCGCGCUGCUGCGGCCCAUGUGACUCGGCCCAGGCCUGUCCAGGGGGGCCCUGCACCUGUCUGCAGCCCGAGUUCCACUGCGGAGACCCACAGUGCGAGACCUGCAAACGCCACCCCUGCCCGCCCGGCCAGAAGGCGGAUCCCCGCGGGGAGUACAAUUAUGGCUUCAUAUGCAUCGACUGUGCCGAGGGGACCUUCUCCGGGGGCAGCGAGGGCCGCUGUGACCCUUGGGCAGACUGCUCCCGGUCCGGCCUCCGCACCCUGUUCCCCGGGAACAGGACGCACGACGCCGUGUGCGAGCUGCCGCCGCCGCCGCCGCCCGCAGAGCCGCGCUGCCCGCUCACCGCGCUGCUGGUCCUGGGCGCCUGCAUCCUGGCCGUGGUCGCGGCCCAGCUCGCGCUGCAGCUCUGGCAGCUGAGGAGGCAGCUCGUGCAGCCCCCAGAGACCCAGCCCCUCCUGGAGGCGCCGCCGGUGGUCGAGGACACCUACAGCUGCCAGUUUCCAGAGGAGGAGCGCGGGGGGCGGCUCUCAGAGGACCCGGGGGAGGACAAGGGCCCGCCGGGCAACCUGUGGGUGUGAGGCCCGGCCUCCUUCCAGCACAGUGGACCUUGACGCAGGCCUCCCUGGACCGGCCCGGGGCCGACCCUCGGGUGCAUGGGCUCUGGGCCCUGUGAGGGGCCCGGGUCUGGCCUGGCCCUGCUCCCCUCGGCGGUGGAAGCGGGUGGGGACGGUGGCAGCGAUGGCUCCCCAGACCACGCAGAAGAGGCCACAGCUGUCGCUGGACAGCGGGAGAUGUCACCGGCAGGGCUGCCUCCCUCCCUUGCUGGCCCCAAUGGGGUGGGGUCUGUGGGCCCUGGUUCCCUGGACGGGAGGCCACGCGGCCCACGACAGGCUGCAGGCAGAGCCCAAUAAACACUUGUCCAGCGA